AUGAAGACACAUGAAAUAGCAUUAUCAAUAGCAUUAUUAGGUUUGAGUUCUGUUAAAUCUGAAGACAUUCUUGAUGUUAUAGAAGGUUAUAUUGGCAAAGGAUACGGCGUAGCCAGUGAUGACGUUCUUAGAUUCAUAUCGCGAGUUAGCUCGACCACAGGGAUAAUACUUGACCCUUGUUACACAGGGAAAGGCGCAAUGGGAAUGAUCGGAGAGCUGGAAACCAAUCCAUCAAGAUUUAAAAGAAAGAGAAUACUUUUUAUACAUACAGGAGGUAUAUUUGGUUUGUUCAAUGGAGUAAUGGACAGAAUCAUUGGCAAGGAGGGGGAAGUUACAAAUGAUAUAACUUUGUGGCCGGAUGAACGCGUUUCUCCAAUUAAAACCGGAAUUUGAAUACAUUUGUAUUUGUUCUGUUCGAAGAAUAAAUCAUUGUACAGCAUGACUCUGCGCGUACU